AUGUCCUUGGCCUUGUUCUACCCGCACAUCAAAGAGCUGCGGCGGUGCAUUGGCAAGGGAGGCGUGGGGAGCCGCAGCCGCACUCUCAACGACCAGCGCCUCCACGAGCUCGAGUUCAACGGCACGCUUCCGGCGUGCGACGUGGGCCUCCACCUCCGCACAAUGAAGCUAGACGACGCUUCUUGCAACGCUAUGGAUGCGACGCAUAACGCGCUUAAUGGCUCCGCAGAGUGCGCAGGCCGGCUGUUGCGGAAGAAAGCAAACGCUUGCGACAUCCCAAAGCUCAACUUGAACACGGAGAAGUGCCACGGGGCUCGCUUUGCGACAUCCGACUCAGAUGCAAUGUACAAGCAGCUCACGUCAUGGGCGAAUCUUGGCGAAACUGCCAUUGCAACAUGGAGCAAUGGGGACAAACUCACGGAUGCCCGGGAGCGCCAGCGGCGGUACAGAGAAACGGUCCGUGCGUGGUUCACGCUGGCCUCCUGUAAGCAGAUCAUCGCCCCGGUCGAGUCAGCUUUCUGGAGCGCGAUGCCGCCCGCGGAGUUCGUGCUGCUCCCGCGCGAUUUACCUUGGGAGCGUGCGUACGACCGCGAGGACGCGAACGCGCCGCAGAUCGCCAAGCUGCGCCUCGCGCUCCCUGCCGACUACCCCGCCGGGACCGUCCUCAAGCUGCCCAUGCCGUGUGCGUGCAGCGAGCACACGUCCCGCUUCACUAAGAUCAAAGCGGGGACCUCAGUGGUCAUCAAGUGGGACCUCGGCAUCUGCGGCCUCGCAGCGUCACCAGGUGCGGACGGGGCGGCGGCGGGGGGCGCAGAGGUGGCGGAGGCGACAGAAGCAGCACCGCCGCCGCCGGCCGGGCUGGAGAAGGGUGCGGAGUUGGCAGUGGCGGAGCCGGCGGAUGCGACGGCGCCAGGCCCGGGGGAACCGCAGCUCAACUCCGAGCUCAGCAGCAGCGAGCUGAUCAGGAGCGAGCGGAGCAGCACGGGCUUCAAGGGCGUGAGCAUAGUGGGCAGCGGUGCCACGCCGUUCGGUGUCCAAGUGUACCGCAAGGGCAUCAGCGUCAUUCUCGGCCGCUACGCCACCGCGGAGGAGGGGGCGCGGGCCUACGCGGCGACGCCGGAGGGCAUCGCCGACCUGGCGGCAAGGGAUGCGCCGCCACCGCCGCCGCAGCCGCAGCUCCCCUCCAACUCCGAGCUCAGCAGCAGCGAGCUGAUCAGGAGCGAGCGGAGCAGCACGGGCUUCAAGGGCGUGUACAAAGUGAGCAGCGCUGCCACGCCCUACCGAGUCCAAGUGUACCGUAAGGGCAAGACCGUCACUCUUGGCCACUACGCCACCGCAGAGGAGGGGGCGCGAGUCUACGCUGCAACGCCAGAGGGCAUCGCCGACCUGGCGGCAAGGGAUGCACCACCACCACCGCCACCGCCGCCGCAGCCGCAGCUCCCCUCCAACUCCGAGCUCAGCAGCAGCGAGCUGAUCAGGAGCGAGCGGAGCAGCACGGGCUUCAAGGGCGUGUACAAAGUGAGCAGCGGUGCCACGCCCUACUAUGCUCAAGUGUACCGCAAGGGCACCACCGUCAUUCUCGGCCGCUACGCCACCGCGGAGGAGGCGGCCCUCCGCUACGCACGCUCGGUAGAGGGCAAGGCUGAGCUGGCGGCCAGGUCUGCAGCCAGAUCAGCGCCGCAGGCCAGUACCGCGCCCCGCAAGCGGCAGAAGGUCGAGACCGCGGUCGGCGCAGGCGGUGCCGCCACUUCCGCCUCUGCCGCCGCCUCCCACUCCGCCGCCUCCUCCACCACCGCCGCCGCCUCCGCUGCCGAGUUCGAGGUGGACCGCAUCCUCUCGGAGCGGCGCCGGCCGAGCGGCGGCGUCGAGUACCUCGUCGCGUGGAAGGGUUGCUAUGCCCCCUCCUGGGAGCCCGCCUCCAACUUGGCGGACGAGGAUGGCGCGGUGUGUGCGGCGCUGCUGGCGUGGUGUGCGUCGCGCGUUGCGCCGCACCAGGGCGGCCCGGCGACCGAGCUCGGUAUGCCGGCGGCAGAGCCCCUCCCGCCCCUCGGCAUGCCGGCGGUGGUGCAGGCUCUCGAGGGGGUCGGGCUGGGCCGGUACGCGGCGGCGUUCGAGGAGCAGGGCUAUGAUGACCUCCGCUACUUGCGGACGAUGGACGCGGCGGAGCGCGCCACGGUGGCGGAGAGCGUGGGCAUGAAGCAAGGCCACGCCGACAAGUUUGUCAAGUUCGCGUUUGAGCCGGCGUAG